UUAUAGAAUAAAACAUAGCAAAAGGGUUAAUUUGAGGUACGUUCAACAAAACAAAAACAAAAAAAAACUUGAGGCGUGAUUCGAGAUUCAAUUGGGUACUCUGAUCCGACUCCGAGUGAGGACAUUCCAUUCGCGAGCAGAGAGAAGUAAUUCUGUAAUAGCAAGUAUUAAUGGCCUUUGUCAUUGUUAGCUUGAAGAAAUGAGCGAAGUGGGAGGAAGAGAAUGGUGCCUGCGACAACGGAAGAAGAGCAAUAUUUCGUGACUGCACCGCCCUCUAGGUUAGUUGAGAGCAGUUAUCUUCUCUUCUUCAUCUCCAACAUUUUACAUCACAUGGCUGCUGUGCGAGAAAUUUGUGGAUCCUUAAUGUCUCUCUCAAAAUUGCAGCAUGCUUCACCUUCUCAACUUCCCUUCCUCCGAACAAUGACUUCUAAGAUUUUUGUUAAGGGUUUAGCAUUUUCUACUACAGAGGAUAAAUUAGCUGAAGCUUUUUCUCAAUACGGCAAAGUCCUGAAAGCUGAUAUAGUCUUGAAUAGAGCUAAAACUAGAUCCAAAGGUUUUGGGUAUGUGACUUUUGCUAAGGAGGAAGAUGCUCAGAAGGCACAGAUUGGCAUGAAUAGAAAAAUAUUACAUGGACGUGUUCUGUACGUAGACAUGGAACCACCUGACAAGCAUAAGAAAUCUAUUUCAGAGGGGGCAACUGAUAGUUGAUGCUCAAUAGUGUGUAAACAGUCAGAUACGCAAGGGAAGACUGCACCUUGUUUCCAAGUGCUUCUAGUUGAUAUUUUCAUCUUGUUUUCAAAGUACAAUAUUUAGAUCCACUAAUGAAUAGAUAGAUUUAACUAGCAUGUGAUUUUUUGCA